GCAACUACGCAUGCGCCAGCCCAACUCAGCCAUCUUUGUCUUGUCAGAAGAGUCUACUGCGAGUAUCUACGCAUUUAUCAUUGGAUUUGUUGUUCAAGUAUCAUCUGUUACCAUCAAGUUACCUAUCAUCUAUACAACAUCUAAAUUGGGCCUGAUCGUGAUAGUGGUGUGAUCAUUGAAGUGCUCAUCUAAAGCAGUCCAUUUGCCAGCCGCCACCUUCACAUCAUCACUGCCAUCACUGUUGGCAUCUGCUCUCGUGUUAGCGACAUGUCAGACACUGAACUCAAGUUUGGACCCGAGUGGAUGAGGCAACUCUCCUAUGGUGGCCAAGCUGGUGGUAGUGCACUCCUCUGUCAUCAACAAGUUCCUGCUAACAAAAAGCCUGCCGUGGCCGAGCACCGCUAUAGCAAAGAGAAGAUGCUGGAGUUGUGCUCGCGCAUGGAGGCGCCCCCUGAUCAUCUCGUCGAUGAUCCAGCUGGGCUCUGUGGGGAUCAAGAGUGUACUGUUCCCCUCGCCUUCACUUCUUUAUCGCAAGAAGAGCAGCGCAUGUGGCAGCGCAACAUCAACAGUGACAGUGCCCUACGCUUCAUGGCGAACGGCAACACGGGACGUGGUGGUGGUGUGAGUGGUGGCGGCGGCGGUGGAGGGGGUGGGCUGGUGGCGCCUGGUAGUGUUCUGGGUGGCGCCACUUCUCUGGGUGCCGGGGGGCCAGGCGGCCGUGGUAGAGGAGGCAGCAUGGACCGUGGAAGGGGCCGAGCGAGGGGCGGCCCUACCCAGCAUUACAUGCGUGGUCUCAGCUACGAGGAGGACGGCGAGUCUGGUCGGGGCACGGGACUCAGGGAAUUGGCGCCACCUGGCAUGGCCAUGCGACGAGGUGGUGGCUUUGAGCGGUCAUCAAGCCUGUCAGGUGGAGUGGGGCUUUCUGGAGGCGGAGGUGAUGGUCGUGCCGGGUUGGGGGCGUGGGGAGUAACACCUAACAUCACUGGUGACCAACCCUCCAGCCAGAUAUCGGGGUCUGGUUAUCAUUCCUCGCAAAAUAUCGAUCACUCGUCUCGAGGCUCCUUGCAGGGCGAGGAUCGUGGGGGAGCUUCAAGCCCCCGCAAAGAGCAGAGUCGAGCCUCCACUGAAAACUGGCGUAAUCGUGACCUGAGUUCAGGCUCUGGAGACGUGACGGGGCUGCAGGAGCAAUGGCGCUCCUCCAGUUCCUUGAGUAGCUCAGCCUUGGGCCCCCGGCCACAGUCUGACAAGUGGGGCUCUAGUCGUUUAGGCAACAGCAACGGGUGGCGGCCCCGGGAUGGUGGAGAGGAGACGAGCGGCUUUGGUGGGGGAUAUGCUUACGGGGCGUCGAGAGGACGCGGGCAGCAGCGCACCAGGCCAGCCUGGGAUAACCGACGCAAUUGGGGCGAGGAAGACCGACUUCCAGAAUGGGCAACGGAUAUCGGCCACGAAGCACCGCGUGGAGGAAGCUUCGAUGCCAGUGGAGCGUUCCAAACUCCUUCUUGGAGCAGUGCUGAUGACGAUCAUGGAGCCAGUAACGGCUUUUCGGGCAGCGCUUACAGCAGCACUAAUCAUUAUUCUGUAGGCGGCACAACUUACUCUAGUGCGGGCGGCAGUUAUUCUAGCAGUAGCAAUAGCUUUAUUGCUACGGCUGGAGGCUUACGAGCUCGACACAAGAGCGGCAGUAUGGGACCUGGUGAUUUACUGGCCUCUGACUUGGUUUCCUCUGAUGGGCACAGCAGUGGUUCUAAAGAUCCAUCCCGUAGCAACAGAGAUAAAGAUGCAUCCUCAAUAGUGAACGGUUUCCAUCGCACAAUCGCGUCUCGAACUACGUCUGAUGGCGAAAAUCUCCACUCAAAUGACCCGCAAAAACGGUUGUCAGAAGCAUUAGAAGUGCAUGGCGAGAGUAGGCAGGGACGGCCUCUAAUGAAUGGUUAUGCGGACGAUAGUCGAAGCGAUAGCCGGAGCAGUCAUGAGGACUCAAGUUCUCCUCUCAGCUCGGAAAAAAGCAGCCAGGCUCACCUUGAAGGAACGAAUCCUGCCCCAGUCAUGAUGGAGUUGCCUGGGACAAGAAAGAGCGCCUCCGAGGACAAACUUGCUGGUGCUCAUCGCCGGGAAACGUCGGAAGAAGUCAACCCGAAUCUCCAGCUACGACCACCUGUAAAUCACUUGGAACAUUCUAAAAGUGAACCUGCCGUUUCUAGUGGAUUGUAUACGUCAGAGAGCUCAGGCGUUGGCGGACAACUCCCCAGUGCGCAAAGGAAUUUAGUUGGUCAUAUUAUUCAGCCUUCCCUCUCUUCCAGUAAAGAGGAAAAACUGCGAGAACCUGAAUUAGAUCACAUGGCGCUCAACGCCGAUGAUCUCGUUGCCAAAUUAGUAGACGAGGAACCCAAGGUUUGUGACCCCCUAUCUGCCAAUGCUCAGCGCCGCCUUAAUCCCUCGCCGCCUGCAGGCUUCUUGCCUUUGGCUGAUAACACUUCCGCCGACGCCCCUCAGUGGUACUACACAGAUCCGCAGCAAGAAGUUCAAGGCCCCUUCUCAGCCAUGACAAUGGCGUCGUGGUACGAGAGUGGCUAUUUCGGUGACGAUCUUCUCUUGCGGCGUGACUGUGACGACAAAUUUGCAAAGCUGGGCGAUCUUAAAAUGGUUUUUGGAAGAGUACCUUUUGCUUCUGGACGUCAAGUUCCUCCUCUCAAGAUGUCCAAGCUUCGGGAGUCUCCUCAGAUACCACAAGAUGCUGAAAAAGAAGUUCUUCAAAAACAAGCUGCUGAAAAAGAAGCAUAUGAGCAAGCAUACAACGUUUAUAAUGUGCAAAUGCAAAUAUUUAAUCAACAGUUCAGUAAUAGACGGGCUCAACUGAUAAACACUCUAAGCGCUAUGGAAGGCUGGGACCUGCUUACUAAUGAGGACCAAAAGAACCUUUUUAUGAAGCACUGGAUGAACCUGAUCCCGUUAUCUGAACCUGUUGCUCCUGCACUCCCUUCAUUUCUACUCAAUCCGUCAUCCUCGUCCGCUGCUACUUUAUCUCUGUUGAACCUGCCACAGCAUCUGCACCGUCAGUUGUCGCAGACCUCGUUGUCUGCCGUAGCUGCCGCCCCCAGUCUACAGCAACAGCAGGUUACGAACAACAACGUGGCUCAAGCUCUACAACUAAACGCUUCCAUGCCUGCUUCUAUCAUUGCUGCAUCAACUGCGGCCAAUGUUGGUAACAUAGUACAACAGCUGCAGCACAUGCCUCAACAUUCCACCCAUUCAGCAGCUUCGACAUCUGAAAGUAGCCACUCGCCUCACUUCCAGCCUCUGCCUGUAACUCUGCCAGAACCGCAGCACUCGGGCCUCUCUCGUGACCCCAUCAGAGAACUAGUGAACCAAAUGAGCUCGGUGGGUCUGAGUCAGAAGAGCGCGUCUCCCCUCAACACGCCUCUGACUAUGCCAGACCUCUCUGCAUCCAUGGAACCUUUAGCGGCACUUACGCCCCAGCCCAACCCCCUGCAACAACUUUUGCUCAAACUGCAGUCGGACGUGAGCAGCAGCAGCAGCAGCGCUCUCCCUGCCUUGCCAUCUCUUCCUCAGCAGAUCAUUACUCCUUCAUCACUGAGCAGCGGUCUGCAGCUCCCCUCUACUAGCUCUGCUCUCAGCUCGCAGCUUCCCGUCGCCCCAGCUCCUGCAGAAGAGAACAGAGCUACUGCUGCUGCUGCUGCUGUCGCUGCUGCUGCUACUACUACUACAUUAUUGACGGCUUCUCACCAGCCGCAGGAAGAUGUCUUGCAAACCUUUAUGCAACAACUUACAAAAAUGCAUCAAAAGGAACAGACUCAGGCAGCAACGCCAGAAGUUUCGGAGCCUGGAAUUAUUGAAGUAGACAAGAAACGACCUCAAGCCAAAAAACAGGAGGAAAAGAGGAAAGAUAUGCGAUCAAAGAAAGAGGAGGAGACAGCAGCCAAUAAGAAACAAGAGGAACGAAACAAGCAGCUUGAAGAACAGAAGAAGAAAGAGCUGGAAGAAGAACAGAAGAAGAAGGCAAAUGAAGCCAAGCGCAAGGAAGAAGAAAAAAAGAAGAAAUUGAAACAGGAAGAGGCUAUCAGGAAGCAAGAAGAGAAAAGGCGUAUUGAUGAGGAGAACAAGAAAAAGGCGGAGGAAAAGAAGCGAGAGCAGCAACUACGCAAGCAACAACAGCAACAGGAGGAGAUGAGGCGCGUUGCUUUAGAGGAGGAGCGAAAACGCAUGCACAUGAUAGAGCAAGAAGAGAUUGCUAAGCAGCAGGAGGCAGCUCGCUUACAGCAACAGCAGCAGCAGCAACAAGCUGCCUGGGGCAACGCAGCUGCGUCUGCUACUCCUACAGCGAAUGGUGGGCAAAAAGCCCCAUCACUUGUGCAUAUACAAAAAGCUCAGCAAGAAAAAGAGAAGCUGGAACGAGAUCGACUGCUAAAAGAAGAAGAAGCAGCUCGUAAGCAAGAAAUGCUUCGGGAAGCUGCAGAGAAGAAAAAGUCCUCGUCCAUGAUGCUUAAGUGGGCCAAUAAACAAGACGGUGGCAGUGGCUCCAGCGUCAAAAGCUUACUACAGAUACAAGCCGAGGAAGAAAAGGAGAUGAAAAAACGACAGACCCGCGAGCAGGUGGAAAGCAAAGGCAAUGCCCAUAACAACCCGAGUGCCAACAGCGCAGGAAGUCGCUCAUGGGGUGCCAGCAACCAGCCGCUCUCGUGGGCAUCACGAGCUAGCAACAACGCGCUGCCGCCUACUCUCCCCAAUGGCAACAUUUCCGGAAAGAACUGGAACGAGAGCAACAGCGGUGGAUCUGCAUGGAACAACACAACUGCGUCCGCGGGAGUCGGCUUCUGGGACACGGUAAACAGCGAGAAGCCAGGCGCCAAGACUGCUGCUUCUGUGGCUGCCACGCGUGUUCCUGCUAAGCCUGGUGCUAGCAAGUCGCCUCUGGCUCAGCCACCAGUUGCCAACAAACAGAAUAAGACGACCGUCAAGCAAAACCUCAACAACAAACAGAUCACUACAUCAAGUACCAACCUAGCUUCAAAAGUAGCUUCAAAGAAGAAAAAUAAAGAUGAAGAUGCGGUCAAGAAAAUCUUCUCGGAGGGCGUUGGGGGCCCCGAUGAUGAUCUCGCUGACUGGUGCUUCGCAAUUCUUGCCAAGCUCAAGGUUACUUCAGGCAUUGACGUACCAACUUUCAUCACCUUCCUACGUGACGUUGAGAGUCCGUACGAAGUUCACGACUACAUCCGCUCCUACUUGGGCGACAACGCCGAUGUUCGCGAGUUUGCUCGUGCUUAUUUGGAGCGUCGUAGCGCUGUGCUGAACGCGACGCGCCUGAAAAACAUGGCCCACGACAACAUCUUGGGCCCGGCACCUGCCAUCAAUCCCGCAUCGGAUUCUUUCCAGGAAACCAAGAACCGCAAGCAAAAAGGCAAGAAGAAAAUCCAAAAAGUUGACAGUGGUCUGCUGGGCUUCACCGUGGGAGGCAAAAGUGGUGACGGCAUCACUCAAUAGUGAACCAAUAUCUUUGUUCAUCUUCUAUCCUGUCGACUACCUGGGUUUUUCUUGGCUUAAUCAGUGGUUCUGCCCUCUAACCUGUCCAAUUGUAGUUGUAAAGAGUUCCUCAUAAGACUAGCGUUGGUCAUUUUUGCUGCUCUAAAAUGCCGUAAAUUAACGGGUUCACUUACAUCUCCAUCUGUGAGCUUUCGUCGUUUAAGUUACGUUACGAUAUUCUCGAAAAACUGGCCAUGUUCACUUUUUGCUGUACAAUUGAGUGCUCAUCUUUUUGCUUAUUAGAGAUGCGAAUUUAAGCGGGUCCUUUUUGUUGCCUCAAACACCGAUACAGCCUAAAUAAAUUCAUACACGUAUAUUAAAAGAGUCUAAUGUUGACUUUUCAUAAAUAUUUAUUUAUCUACUGAAACGAAUAAAAUCUGCAUCUGAAGAGUCUGCAUCUGGUUUUAUUUGCGAUAAGGUUGACUAAAUGCGUAAGAAUUUGUCACAAACGGAAGGUGCGCCGUCCCUAUCGUUUGAUUGUCGAAGCGAAGAUUCGCUUUAUGACAACAAGGCGCAUUCAUCAGUCGUACAGUCAUAGUGCCGGUUGGCUCGAUGGAAAUUGGUACGAAUUUUCUAUCAUUACCGGUAUAUUAGUCCGAGUUUGAGUGUUAGAUGCGAGUAUAGAAUGUUCUACUCGUAUGGUUUGUACAACUAUGGCGUUAUUUUUUAUAAUCACGGACGCGUUUGAAUUUUCUUUGACGAGGAGCACAGCCUAGCAAUUCUCCGCGAGUUUGUGUUACAUCUGACGUGAUUUCUUACUGGUUUUGUUCUUUCUGUUAGUACCGAAGAAUGCAGUGCCGUACAUAAGAACAUAUGCAAGAAAUGUUACAUAAAAUUAUCAAGUUCUGCCUUCUCGUAAAUGAAAAUUAGACAAAAAGUCGGGAAUUAUUUUUCUCUUGAAGAAAUGAUGUUUUCUCUUACAAGUCAGGUUCUAUUUUAUCAUGUCAUCGAGAAGAAUAUUGAAUAUUUCUAAGCUGUUUUUUUGUAGCGAGGAAUUCAAUGGAACGAUCUUGGUGAAACUGGGAAAAUACGAUUGCAACUGCUAAGGAACGGAUUCCUGAGUACCUGACCCUUUGACUGUGCCUCCAAGCGGAGCCGCUCGCACAAACUCGUGGAUCCUACAAAGCAGAUCAGCUCAUCAUGUCUGGCAAUCUUUUUGCUCUAUUGCAGGCAACUUUGAUAUGUGAGGAAUGAAAAGUACUCAGUUGUGUGGAGUAUAUGGUUCAUGAUGAA